UUGAGGAUGAAUCUACAUAAUCGGCACCGAAUGUUAUUUCCACCACCUGCUUUGGUUGUUUCCGUCUUCCGUGAGCUUUUGAGAGAAUGGGAGACCGCAGAAAAAAGCACCGUCGUCUACACGACUCCCCCACCUCUUCAUCCCAAUCUGAAUCCGACACUGAAUCCGACUCCCAAUCUGAAUCUGAAUCCGACUCCGAUCGCCCUUCCAGGCGCCGCGACCGAAGCCGCCGCGAAAAGGACCGCCGCAGGCGGAAGGAGAAGGAGGACGAGGAGCGCAGGAGGAGAAGGAAGAAGAAGGAGAAGAAGAGGAGGGAUAGAGACAUGAAAUCCAGGAAAAGUAACAAGAGGCUCCGUGAUUCUGAUGCUUCUGAAUCUUCGGAUGAGGAUGAAGAGAGGUCACCUAGGGUUGAGCCUCAUGCUGUGGUCCGUGAAAUCAUGAUCGAGUUCCCCAAUGUUGGCACUGAUUUGAAGCAGCUCUUGCAAAUGAUUGAUGAUGGACAGGCCGUUGAUAUAAAGGGUAUAUCAGAAAAAUCUCUCAUGAAGCAUCUGAAGAAGCUGUUCCUAUCACUAAAGCUGAAGGAAAAUGGAGAUAGAGUUUUCUUACUUCCUUCUAGAGCUCACCCCACUUUGGAUGUUGUUGGCCCUAUAAUUCACUCUUUUAUGGAUCCUAUGAAGGAGCAAGCUGAUGCUUCUGCAGCGAUACCUGAAACAAGUUCAGUUCCAGUAGAUGCAGGGAGUGAGCAGGUGGCAAAUGAGCACAUAACAGGAAAUCCAGAUGAUAAUUCUCCUUGUCCUAGAAAAAGGAUGAUUGGCCCUGCAAUGCCAUCUGCUGAGUUACUUGCUGCUGCCGCCAAAUUAACAGAAGCACAGACUGAGCUUAAUGAAGCUGAGUUGGACGACGAUACUGAACUAUUUGUGGGACCUCCACCACCUGCUAUGGUUUCUGAAGCAGAAUCAGCUAAUGAAGCAGAGCGUUUUGAAGAGGUCACCAGGAUCAUGGAAGUUGAGGCUGACAGCCCAUAUGAUGUUCUAGGAGUUAACCAUAAUAUGUCUAGUGAUAACAUAAAGAAAAGGUAUUGGAAGAUGUCACUUUUGGUUCAUCCAGAUAAAUGCUCUCAUCCUCAAGCCCAUCAAGCAUUUAUUAAGUUAAAUAAGGCUUUCAAAGAGUUACAGGAUCCAGAAAAGCGGAAAGCAAUGGAUGAGAAGAUCAAGCUCAAGGAAGAACAGGAGCAGUUUAAGGUUGAACUUAAAGCUAUGCGUGAGGCUGCACUUUGGAGAAGAACGCAAGGUAUAUCAAUGGAGGGUGAUGAUGAGCUUCUGGCACAGACAGAGGUUAAAGUGGAGCCAAAAAGAGAUGAAUGGAUGACAACAUUGCCUCCAGAGAGAAAAGUAAGUCUUGUGAAUUAUUUGAUAAAAUGUAUAGUUAAACUUAUUUUGCUCUAUGUGGCCAGAGCCCAAAAGGCGAAGAUGAAUUAUUUGGAAGCAUACAAUGAAGCUACUGCGCUUGCCUCAAAUGAAGAGGAAAAGAAAAAGACUAGUGCGGAUGCAGAGUUGGUGGACAAAUACAACAAGGCAAAACGAUCAAAAACGUUGAUGCAGAAGCAUCAAGAAGAGGUUUCUAACAAGUCCAAGAAAAAAUCUAAGCAGCAGAAGCCAGAGAAGGAAGAGUGGGUGGGUCAACAUCCAUGGAAGCCGUGGGACCGCGAAAAGGAUCUGACAGCUGGAAGGAAAAGUGUAAAACUUGAUGCAGAAGGCAUGUCGCAGGGCUUAUCUUCGAGGUUUUCUUCCGGAAACUUCCAGAGAAACUUCCUAUGAAUGAUUCGAUUAGGAGUUAAGAUGUCAUCUUUGAAGCCCUUUUGCCUGGACAGGAUCUGUUCAAUGAAACUUAGAAAAUUGAUUUGUCUUCUAAUGGUUGGUUCCUGGCAUUUUUCGACAUCGUUGUUCAUCUUUUUUGACGAACUCUUCUUAGAGGAACUGAUCCCCUGUAGUUAAAUGCAUACCUGCCUGUAGGUGCUGCUGAGUACAGCCAUGUGCUUCUUGCUACGAAGAAUUCUAAUCAUUCAGUUGCACUCGGAUGAACACUGAAUAUUCUCUGGUGAAGUUCAUUGAACAAAUGGCUUGGUUGCUACCUACAGAUUGUGCAUUUAUCAAGCAUGUUAAUCUGUAUUAUCCAUUGUGCUUUGUGCCCUUGUUUAUACCAGCCAGGAACAUACUACAGAUAUAGUGACUAGGAUUCGACCUCUGUAGUAAGUUUAUAUUUUUCACUGAAUUAUUAUAGGGAAUGUAACAUUAAAUCUUGCGCUAUGCAAGUUGAGUAAUUUCUAUGUUAAUAGUUGGCUAUAUACUAUAUAGUUUGAACAUUUUUUUAAAGGUAGUCAAAAGUUAUAACCUA